AUGUCGAAAGCUCACCCACCUGAAUUAAAAAAGUUUAUGGAUAAAAAACUUUCCAUUAAACUAAACGCUGGGCGUGCUGUCACCGGCGUGUUACGAGGUUUCGACCCAUUCAUGAACCUUGUUUUAGAUGAGUCCGUAGAAGAGUGUAAAGAUGGACAAAGAAACAAUAUUGGAAUGGUGGUAAUCAGAGGAAACAGCAUAAUAAUGUUAGAAUCCUUAGAUAGAAUA